UUAAGUAGAAUUUUCAUAAUAUUUUAUUUCAAAUUAUUAUGUAGAAAUAAGUUCAAACCCUAAAAGUGGCCCAACAAUAAUCGAAAAAUUGUAUGAGAAAGAAAUGAAGCACAGAAAUAAUCGCCCAAGAGAGAAACGAAGCACAGUUAUAAAAACAGGUAAAGCUCCCAUCUUUAAACAUAUCCAUUAAUCAUUAUCCAGUUCAAAGCUUUCAUCUUUGCAAGAUUAUAGUGAAUUUCUCGGUGUAUAAUGCCUAAACUAGCUUCAAUUUCUAGAGACACUAAAUCCAUUAGAACCCUAUUUGCAAUUGUAUUAAAGGGUAAUUGGUAUCAACUUUUGAAUCCCCAAAUUAAUUUGGGAUCAGUAACAGUAGAGAAAGCAUUAUCACAGCUUCCAUUAGACUUUUAUAAUUCAUGGGCUUUUUAUGAAUGGGUUGAAAACAUUCCUGGGUAUAAACAUUCUCUUGAAGUUACUUGGUCAAUGAUUCAUUUGCUUACAAAAUAUAAUCACUUUAAAGUUGCACAGAAACUGCUUGAGAAAAUUGCUCAUAGAGAUUUUUUAUCUUCACCUACUGUUUUGAAUGCUCUUGUUGAUGCCCAUAAUGAUUCUGAGUUAAAUUCACAGAUUUUUAGUUGGUUGGUGAUUAUUUAUGCAAAUUCUAAGAUGACCCAUGAUGCAAUUCAAGUGUUUGAGCAUAUGAAAAUUAAUAAGAUUAUGCCCCACUUACAUGCUUGUACUGUACUUUUGAAUUCACUUGUGAAAAUUGGGUUGAUUUCUAUAAUGUGGAAGAUAUAUAAGAAAAUGUUGAAACUUGGAGUUGUUCCUAAUCUUUAUGUGUAUAAUGUGUUGAUUCAUGGUUGUUGUAAGUCUGGGGAUUUAGAAAAGGUAGAAGAAUUGUUGGUUGAAAUGGAAUUGAAGUGCAUUUUACCUGAUCUUUUCACUUAUAAUACAUUGAUUUCUUUGUAUAUGAAGAAGGGUAAACACUAUGAGGCUUUAUCGGUUCAAGAUAGGAUGGAAAAAGCCGGUGUGAAACCAGAUAUUGUGACUUAUAAUAGCCUUAUAUUUGGGUUUUGUCGGGAAGGUAGGAUGGGGGAGGCUUUGAGGCUUUUUAGUGAAAUUAAGGGUGCAAAUGCCAAUCUUGUGACAUAUACAACUUUGGUUGAUGGAUAUUGUCGAGCUAAUGAUCUAGCGGAAGCGUUAGAUUUAUGCAAAGUAAUGGAGCGUAAAGGUAUCUAUCCUUCUGUUGUUACUUAUAAUUCGAUUCUCCGCAAGUUGUGUGAGCAAGGUAGGAUAAGAGAUGCGAACAAUCUCUUGAAUGAGAUGGGUGAGAAGAAGCUAGAACCUGAUAACAUCACCUGCAAUACGUUGAUUAAUGCGUAUUGCAAGAUAGGAGACAUGCAAUCUUCCCUAAAAGUAAAAAACAAGAUGUUGGAAAGCAGGCUGAAGCUUGAUCAAUUCACUUUCAAGGCUUUAAUACACGGUUUCUGCAAGGCUAGACAAAUUGAUAGUGCAAAAAAGCAGCUAUUCGAAAUGCUUGAUGCGGGCCUUUCUCCAAAUUUUUCUGUCUAUUCGUGGAUUGUUGAUUGUUAUUGUGACCAGGAUGAUGAGGAUGGAAUAGUUAGACUGCCGAGUGAGCUUGUAGGAAGAGGUCUUUGUGUUGAUAUAUCAGUUUAUCGAGCUCUUAUUAGAAGUCUAUGUAAGAAGGAUAGGAUUGAAUGUGCUAAACGAGUUUUUAGUUGUAUGGAAGAGAAAGGAAUCAAUGGAGAUAGUCUUGUGUACACUAGUUUGGCGUUUGCUUAUUUUAAAGCAGGCAAGGCUAACACUGCUUCUAAGCUUUUGGACGAGAUGUACAAGAGGCGUUUGAGCGUAACUUUACGAAUAUAUAGAUGUUUCACUGCUUCGAAUGCUAGGGAGAAGAACAUACUAGGAGUGUUUUGGAAUCACUUGGUACAAAGAAAGCUGAUCUCUAAGAUUGUCAACAGGAAGCUGCAAGAGCUAGAUUGAGUGAAUGAUCAUAGCUUUUUCUUGCCCAAGAUUAAAUUUAAAUGAAGCGAGCAAUACUGAUGGCUUGUUAAAUUGGUUUGGGACCUAUAUUAUUGGACACGGGUACAGAUGUUGGAUACCCAUACGUGUCCAAGUGUUGGAUACGUCUAUAUAUUCAAUUUUACAUCUAAAAUGAAGUGUCUAAGUGCCAUACCAAUGUCCGAGUAUCAAGGAUCUUAACACGGGUACGUAAAGCAAAAUGAAGAGUCCGAGUAACAGAGUUUGGGACUAUAAACUUGUGACCACCAAUUUACCUUUUUAGAUGUUUAUAGCCUGAAAGGGGCAUUUGGAUUUUUGAGCUGUAAAAUAAGGUAAUUUUCAUAUAUGCUUUGUUCUCUUAAUUAGGCUUCAAUUCACAUGACAAGUGUGAUUUUUUUUCAGUCACUUGAAUGUUUGCUUUAAUUUAAUCAGUGUUUUGAAAGAUUUUGUAUAGUUAGUGAUUUCAAAGCUGAAGAUUUGGAUUAUUUUUCUUAGAUUUGGAUUAAAAUUUGGUAAGUUUAUGGAGGGAUUACUGAAUAACAUUGAAUUGAAAGAUAUAUGAAGAUUCUUCUGCAUGUGCAGUAGACAGUUAACAAGAACAGAAACCAAUAAGCGGCUUUUUGGGUCGAUAUCUAUUAGAGAUGCCGUGUAGCGGUUUAGGCUUUGGCUCUGUAACUCUUAGACUGCUGUUACGAUUCAGGAUGAUGUUGAACGUGGCGUGGGUUUAGGCUUCAGAUAUGGCUAAUGGCAUUGGCUGCAGAGUUGUUGCUUACGAAAAGAGCAAACGAUACGUUAGUAUUUGAAAGCUUUUUAGCGGGUAGCUUGGUCCAUUUCGGUAUGUCCAUUGUUCUCUUUGUCCAUUCUCGGUUUAGCCAAUGAUUUUUAGUUUUUUGGUUUCUGGUAAAAUAAGUCUUUAAAUUAUGUGCACUUCUUAUAUAUGUGAAAGUGCAAAUGAUGUUUUCAAUAAGGGUGUUUCAAAAACAUGAAACAUCUUUGUUAUUAUAAGGGUAAGGUUGCCUGGUCGAUAGCCAUUAGGUAAUGAAAUGUUGUUCUGUUAUUUCCCUUUCAAACCUAUUAUUCUUAAGUUACUAAAAAUACAAAUCUGAUGGGAUUAUGCAUAUAUUUAUAACAAAAGGAGAGAGUAUUGUUAUGUUGGUUUGUCAAGUGCAAAAGAGGCUGAAAAAUGCACCACUUGGAAAAACGAAAGGUUUGAACUUUAAGGAGUUUUGAGGAGCUCAAAAGAGGAAGUAGGUUGAAGAUGACGUGAAUAAAAAGACCGAAUAAUGACUUUACGAAUCGGGUUUGCAAGAGUAUAUGACAAUAGAUAGAAUCAAACAGAUGAGGAGAAAUAUAAAUGGAUGAUCAUUGAAAUUGAUUGAUUUAUUUGUAGGUUAGUGAUAGAUUGACCAAAUAAAGUAUAAUCUUUAACAUCAAUUAUCUCUCAUGUUGAUUUGUUGUGGUUCAGGUAGCCGACCGAUGGAUGAUCAUUGUAAUUGAUUGAUUUAUUUGUAGGUUAAUGUUAGAUUGACCAAAUAAAGUAUAAUCUUUAUUAUUGAUUUGUUGUGGUUCAGGUAGUCAACCGAUUAAGGCUUGGCAAUUCAUAGUGUAAAGUAUCAGCUGUAUUGCGAUCACAUUGUAGAAAAUUUUGAGCUAAUUAUGAACAUAAAGAUUAAUAAUGUUUCAAAUUGGAAAUUUAUGCAUCACAAAAUUUCAAUCUCCCAUAAGUACAAAAAAAAACCAAUGGAAAUUAUCAGCAAACCCAAGUAAACAACAGUGACAGAAUUAGUCACUUGACAGAAAAAACAGAGAAACAACAAAAUUAUUCCCUACUCGAAGUCUCCGACCCUAGCAUUCGUGUCAAGCUCGAGUAUAAACCGAUAUCGGAAUCUCAAUGUACGAUGAUGGUAUUUCGAGGUAUAAUUAAGAGUCCGAGCAUGAUAAUAGACCAAGAGAGCCUUGAAACUUUAGUCAAACCUUAAUCAAGCAGAAGACACAUCCGAGCCAGAAUCACUUUCAUUUCUGUCCUUCCAACAAGAUUUAAAAAUCGAUCUAGGCGAUCCACAUGCAUUGGCCUUAACAAACUGGUCAUACCCCGCAGCUUCGAAACUGGCAUAACUGAAACUAUCUUCCGGUGUGACAUGGAUUGUAGAUAUUCUGUUGUUUUGGAUUGAAUUCAUCGAAUAGCCACAGGUCAAAAUCAAAAUCACAUAUUGUGGACUCCGGAAGGAUUUUUCGUAUGCCAGAGGACUCGAUCAUAUCACGUGCUGAAUGGUUCGUCUUGUAAAAGACCGAUGCACGUUUUUUGUUCAGACUAGUCAUGCACAUCUCAACAGUGAAAUUCUGAUGAGAAUUAAGGGAAUCCACACUGGCUGAAUAAACAUGCCAUUUUUGUGAGUUAUGCAUACUUCCUAUCACAAAUGCUUCACUUCCGGAUCCAAGCUUACUGAAGUAGCUAUCUAGAACGGCGACUUCUUCAGAAAAAGCUCGGUGUGAAAAUGGUUGAGCACUUGGGAAUAUGAAGCUACCACGCAUGUACCUCACAGAUGUUACAGUAAGAGACCGGUUUUCAGCUAGUUCUAGAAUGAUUGGGAUUGAGAGGAGCAAUCUAGUCGUCCCACAAAUUUUGAUGAUGAUUUUGUGCGAGUAGAUAAAAAGGCUCGACUCUGAUAGAACAUAGGAGUCGAUAAACUCAUUACUCAGAGAAUCAACGAUGCAACAUUCAGCUGGUUCUAGGAUUUUGUCGAGUUGAUUUCUAGUGAAACAUCGAAGGCCAUCUCCAACACCGUUAGAAUUGGAGAUUUCGAGUCUUUUUUUGUAGCCUUCAAAGCCGAUAGGGGAACUAAGCAAAGCCAUCUUGUGGUACACAAGGAGAGGAAAUGGACUAUAGCUAAGAAAGUUGUAAUGUGAAAAAUUUGAGAAUGUACAAACAAUGAGGAAUAGGGAAAUAUCUAUAUAGACUUCUACGAACUAUCGUAUAGAGAAAUCAGGAUGGCUUUCGAGCAAGCUGCUAAAGACCGAACAAAAAUUUGGUUAGGAUGAAAGAAACAUAGAUAAGUUGUACUCGAUGAAUGUUGUAUCCGUCUCUUUGAAUUUGCUACACAACGUUUUUAAAGUUU